UUUUUACCUCGUUGAAACUCUUCAUUGGCUCACAGACAACAAAUCCACACUCCAGACCGACUUCCUGCUUCCUCCAGCUGACCGUCCUGGCUUCAGUAGCCGAUAUCUGAUGAUUUUGAGCCAGCUCACUUGUCGAGGCUUAAUAAACUCUUACCUGUAUGCCUCCUUGAAAAGGUUGCGGGGCCGUCAAGCCAUGGCCAGGCCCAGUUCAGACCUGGCAGCCCUCAGGGAGAUUUUCUCCAAGGCCCAGAAUAUUGCCAUUCUCACUGGAGCUGGGGUCAGUGCGGAGAGCGGCGUCCCCACCUUCAGAGGAGCAGGAGGCUACUGGAGGAAAUGGGAAGCACAGGAACUUGCCACACCGGUGGCCUUCUCCAGGAAUCCCUCUCGUGUUUGGGAGUUUUACCAUUACCGCCGUGAGGUCAUGCUCACAAAACAGCCCAACCCCGCCCACCUCGCCAUCGCAGAGUGUGAGGAGCGGCUGAGCAAACAGGGACGUACGGUUACAGUCGUCACUCAAAAUAUUGACGAGCUCCACCACCGCGCCGGAUCCAAAAACAUCCUUGAACUCCACGGAAGUCUAUUUAGAACACGCUGUAUGAGCUGCGGUCAUGAAGCAGCCAAUCACAAGAGCCCGAUUUGUGCCGCUCUGGAGGGAAAAGGAGUUCCGGACGAAGAUGCAGAUGACGCCCGGAUCCAAGUUCAGUACCUGCCCAGGUGUGAGGAGAAAGGCUGUCACGGUCUCCUGAGACCAGCUGUGGUUUGGUUUGGAGAGACUCUGGACUCGGACAUCCUCACCAGCGCAGAGAAAGUGUUGGACAGCUGUGACCUCUGCCUUGUGGUUGGCACGUCAUCCCUCGUGUAUCCAGCGGCCUUAUUUGCUCCUCAGGUGGCGGCCAGAGGAGUCCCCGUGGCAGAAUUCAACAUGGAGAACACGCCAGCCACCAUGCGCUUCAAGUUCCACUUCCACGGCCCCUGUGGGACCACGCUACCUGCUGCGCUGGCACGCCACGAAACAGAACCAAAUUAAAAAUGAGUCGUGGAUGUCAGCUCCACACAGACCAGACUGUUUAAUACUGGAACACACACUUUAUUGGUAAAAAUACGAAAAAAAUGGGUUAUAAAGCCCAUUAUUUAAUGGUAAAAUAAAGCCCUUAAAUCCAAAGACAAACUGUUUGAUCAAGCUGUCAGAUGGAUAAAAUACACACUGACGAGUACGUCGAUUCUAUCAUGAAUAGUCAGAAACACAUUUUGAUUUAAGUUGAUUAAUCUUGCCUUUGUGGUCUCUGGCUUUAAUCUUUUUUUUUUCAAUUAGGAUAUGAUGGCAGAUUUAACUGAUUUCAGGGUUUGUACAAAUUUUGGAAAGCGCUUCAUGUUAAUCUUUGUUUGCAGGGAUAGAACGUAGGCUUGAUUUUGAACAUACUCCUUGAAAAAUGCUUGACGUUCAAUGUAAUCUGUGUGUUUUGUUUCAUCUGCACAGUCUCUCAUGUAAACCAAAAAUAUUUUAAAAUUUGAAACACCCCGACAUCAUGAUGUUGGAGCUAGCUUGACUGACAUGGGUGCCAAAAUUAAAAGGGAGUGUUUAUUUUCUGUUCCUCUGCACCGUUUUAUAGUGAUAUAAAUGUGAUGAUAAAGGCUUUAAACUCUG